CCACAUUUGACCCUGUGUGUGCCAUGAUGAUAAACUAGACAUCCGGGCUGUGUGCAUGGAAGAUGGCGACACUUACCCUUCCUGGUGAAUGGAUCAAAAACUGGGAAAAAACAGGAAAACAUGAGUUUGUACAACUCUGCAAAGACCUUACAGAGAAAGCAGAUCAUGGAAGUGAAAUUAAAGACAUACAGACUGCCUUAUAUGAGCUCUGCUGGCAAGUUGUACAGGGAAACCUCAAGUUGGAUCUUGUCACCAGCGUCCUUGGGGACAUGAUGGAACUCCGAGAAGACAUGCCAUCAGUUUUAGCAGAUGUGUUCAGUAUACUAGAUUUAGAGACUAGUGCACUGGAAGAAAAAAACAAACGUGACCAUUACACACAGCUGGUCGGAGCAUGUUUGUUUUUUGUCCCUGAAGCCAUUCUGAAAGAGAGGCUGGAUCCAGAAACUCUUGAGUCCCUUGGACUUAUAAAACAAGCCCAUCAGUUCAAUCAGAAAAUUGUUAAAAUCAAGACUAAACUAUUUUACAAGCAGCAAAAGUUUAACCUGCUAAGAGAGGAGAACGAGGGCUACGCCAAACUAAUCACUGAGCUAGGCCAAGACCUGUCGGGGAAUAUUACCAGCCAUAUUGUUCUGGAGAGCAUCAAAUCCCUCAUAGGAUGUUUCAACCUAGACCCCAACCGAGUAUUGGACAUAAUUCUGGAGGUGUAUGAGAGUCGAUCUGACCAAGAUGAGUUCUUCCUGUCCCUCAUCAAGUCUUACAUGUGUGAGCCUCUCACCCUUUGCCACAUCCUGGGCUUUAAGUUCAAAUUCUACCAGGAGCCCAAUGAGGAAACCCCAAAGUCACUUUACCAUAUUGCUGCUGCUCUCCUUCACUAUAACCUGAUAGAGCUGGAAGAUCUUUACGUACAUCUUAUGCCACUAGAUGCCGCCAUCAUAGAGGAGCACAAACGAGACAUCUCAGAGGCAAAGCAGAUAGCUCGCAAGCUGGUCAUGGUUGUGUUGCCCUCUGAGAAAAGUGAGGACAAAGAAAAGGACAAAGAGAAGGAAGAGGAGAAAAAUGACAAGCCACCUGAUAACCAGAAGCUUGGUCUGUUGGAAGCGCUGCUCAGGAUCGGAGACUGGCACCAUGCCCAGAGUAUUAUGGACCAGAUGCCUUCCUUCUAUGCCACUUCUCACAAGGCCAUCGCGCUGGCACUCUGCCAGCUUGUGCACCUGACUGUGGAGCCUCUUUACAGAAGGGCUGGUGUUCCUAAAGGGGCAAGAGGAUGUGUAAUGCACCCACUAAGGAGCAAGCGGGCCCCUCAGCCUGCAGAGAGCUUUGAGGACCUAAGGAGGGACACAUUCAGCAUGCUCUGCUACCUGGGCCCUCACCUCUCCCAUGACCCUAUCCUCUUUGCCAAGAUUGUGCGUCUUGGCAAGGCAUUCAUGAAAGAGUACCAAAGUGAUAACAGACCUGAGGUGAAAGACAAAAUGGACACACUGUUGAGCUGUUUCCUGAGUAUUGCAGACCAGGUGCUACUCCCGUCACUCUCUCUGAUGGAGUGCAAUGCUUGCAUGUCUGAGGAGCUGUGGGGUCUCUUCAAACUCUUUCCCUACCAGCAUAGGUAUCGGUUAUAUGGGCAAUGGAAAAAUGAGACAUAUUCCAGCCAUCCAUUAUUGGUUAAAGUCAAAGCUCAGACCGUGGAUAGGGCCAAAUACAUCAUGAAGCGGUUGACCAAAGAGAAUGUGAAACAAUCUGGAAGGCAGAUUGGAAAACUGAGCCAUAGUAAUCCCACCAUCCUCUUUGAUUAUAUCCUGUCUCAGAUCCAAUGGUACGACAACCUCAUCAGCCCCGUGGUCGACUCCCUGAAAUACCUCACAUCCCUCAACUACGAUGUCUUGGCCUAUUGCAUAAUUGAGGCUCUGGCCAAUCCUGAGAAGGAAAAGAUGAAGCACGAUGACACUACCAUCUCCUCGUGGCUUCAGAGCCUGGCAAGUCUGUGUGGAGCUGUGUUCAGAAAGUACCCGAUUGAGCUGGCUGGCCUCCUUCAAUAUGUCACCAAUCAACUAAAAGCAGGGAAAAGUUUUGACCUGUUGAUCUUGAAAGAAGUGGUGCAGAAAAUGGCUGGCAUUGAGAUCACCGAUGAGAUGACCUCGGAACAGUUAGAAGCCAUGACGGGAGGCGAGCAACUCAAAGCCGAGGGUGGAUACUUCGGCCAGAUCAGAAACACUAAAAAGUCGUCUCAGCGUCUGAAGGAGGUGCUUCUGGAUCACGAACUAGCACUACCGUUGUGUUUACUCAUGGCCCAGCAACGAAACGGCGUGGUUUUUUUGGAGGGUGGAGAGAAACAUCUUAAACUUGUUGGACAUCUGUAUGACCAGUGUCAUGACACAUUAGUGCAGUUUGGUGGUUUUCUGGCCUCCAACCUCAGCACGGAGGACUACAUCAAGCGGGUUCCCUCUAUUGACAUCCUUUGUAACCAGUUCCACACUCCACAUGACGCUGCAUUCUUCUUGUCUAGGCCAAUGUACGCCCAUCAGAUACUGUCUAAGUAUGAUGAGUUGAAGAAGGCAGAAAAAGGUAAUCGGCAGCAGCAGAAGGUGCACAAGUAUGUGGCGGCCUGCGAACAGGUGAUGACACCAGUGCAUGAAGCUGUGGUAUCGCUCCAUCCAGCCAGGGUAUGGGAUGAUCUCCGCCCUCAGUUCUACGCCACCUUCUGGUCCCUCACCAUGUACGACUUGGCCGUGCCACAUGCUGCCUACGAGCGUGAGGUCAAUAAGCUCAAGGCGCAGAUCAAGCAAAUCGAGGAAAACCCUGAGAUACCCUUGAAUAAGAAAAAGAAGGAGAAGGAACGCUGCACUGCACUGCAGGAAAAACUACAGGAGGAGGAGAAGAAGCAGCUGGAGCAUGUCCAAAGAGUUCUACACCGCCUCAAACUGGAGAAAGACAACUGGUUAUUGGCCAAAUCCACAAAAAAUGAGACCAUAACAAAGUUCCUGCAGCUCUGCCUGUUCCCUCGCUGCAUCUUCUCAUCCAUCGACGCGGUGUACUGUGCCCGAUUCGUUGAGCUUGUCCAUCAGCAGAAGACUCCCAACUUCUGCACCCUACUGUGCUACGACAGGGUGUUCUCUGCUAUCAUUUAUACUGUGGCCAGUUGUACGGAGAAUGAGUCUCACCGCUAUGGACGCUUCCUCUGCUGCAUGUUGGAGACGGUGACCCGCUGGCACAGCGACCGUGCCAUCUAUGAGAAGGAGUGUGCCAAUUAUCCCGGCUUCCUCACCAUCUUCAGAGCCACAGGCUUUGAUGGAGGAAACAAAGCAGAUCAGCUAGAUUAUGAAAACUUCCGCCAUGUGGUUCAUAAAUGGCAUUACAUGCUGACUAAAGCAUCCGUUCACUGCUUGGAAACAGGAGAUUACACCCACAUCAGGAACAUUUUAAUAGUACUUACCAAGAUCCUGCCCUGCUACCCGAAGGUCCUGAACCUGGGCCAAGCACUAGAGUGCCGUGUCCACAAGAUCUGCCUUGAAGAGAAGGAUAAGCGACCAGACCUCUAUGCCUUAGCAAUGGGUUAUUCAGGUCGCUUGAAAAGCCAGAAGGUGCACAUGGUCCCUGAGAAUGAGUUUCACCACAAAGAGCAGCCAACACGCAGCGCCACACCUGCCAGUCAACAGAACGGCCCCGGCAGCACAGGCAAGCCUGCCACUAGCACAAGCAAGACCGAGGAGGGGACUUCAGAGGAUGGUGAUCGGGCCAAGGAUAAAUCUCAGGGGACCACAAAGCCAGUGAACAAAGCCAACAGUGCAGCAGCCAAAGUGACCACCAGCAAUGGCAACGGUGCUCUCAACAGCACCAAAGCCGUUAAAGAACGGGACGACAAAGAGAAGAGUGGGAAGGAGAAAAAAGAGAAAAAAGAAAAGACACCCGGCAGCACACCAGAGGCAAAAGCGGAGAACCGUCGGGAAAAGCAGAGAGAUGAGAGGGCAGGGAAAGAGGAGCGGGUGGUGCGAGAGGGUAAGGAGAAGACCCCGAAGGCAGACAGGGACAAAGUGAAGCCAGAGGAGAAGAGUGGAAAAGACGACAAGGUCAAAGCCGGGAACGGGGAGCCCAUGGAACCGUCCAGGGAGCGUGAUGCUGUCAAGGAGGCCAAGAGCAAGGAGAAAGGAGACAGGAGUGCUGUGGCCGGGUCCCUCAAGUCACCAGGUCCCAGAUCUGAGUCGGCUGAAUCUGAGAGGGAUCACAAAAGACGAAAGCUCGACAGUCACGCUUCCCCGUCCCACUCCUCGUCUGUUAAGGACAAUAGCAUCGAACCCAAGGAGUCCACAUCCAAGCACCACAUGAACUUCAAUUCAGUUGCCCGGUCCAAGAGCAGAGAGAGGGAGAUGGAGAAGAAAGACUCAGAGAACACACAAGGCCGAUCCAAAGAGAAGAAAGAAGAGCGGAAAGAGCGAAAAAGAGACCACGCUGUCAACGACCGUGAGACGAGCCAAGAAGCCAAACGCAGAAAGGAUGAGAAUGGGACCAAUGCCUCCAAAAACAGCAAGAGCACAAGUCCUUCUUGUGACUCCCCGCUGUCGGCCGAGAAAGAGAAGAGCAAAAGAUCCAAAUCAUCUAGUAAAGAGAAGGCCGACUCUGUGAAACCCGAGCGGACGUCCUCUGCCGGCAAGAAGGAGUCCAGACAUGACAAAGAGAAGUCUGAAAAGAAAGAGAAGAGGGACAGCAGUGGAGGAAAGGAAGAGAAAAAGCAUCAUAAAUCCUCUGACAAGCACAGAUAAUGUGCACUAAUUAGUGAAGCGGAACUGGAGAAGCUGUGCUUUUAUCUGCAAGACAUCUGCAACUCCAUCUGUUGUUAACCCAAAUUCUUUUUUUUUUAUUUGGGCCUGAUUGGCUUUUUUAGUUUUUUCUUUUUGUAAAAAUUCCACCUCAAGUCUUGUUAGUUCUACUCAUCUAAACUUACAGAUCACCUCAUUAUUUUUCCAUUUCAAACAAUGGUAAACCAGCGGAAACUUUUUUUUCUUGGUGAAUUUGUAUCUGUUUUUUGUUUUGUUGUUUGUUUUUUGUUUAUUAUUAUUAUUUGAUAUGGGCGCAACAUGCUGCCGUAAUCACAGUGUUAUUAUCCUAAUUAGAAAUGUGGUUACUGUAUGAAAUGAUCUCUUGGUUGCAUCUGGUCAUAGAUUCAAUAAUCUUAUGCUUGAAAAUGUCUACUUUUUUGUACAGUGUCGGGCUUUUGCUUUUUGCUUGUUUUAUUGGAGUUAACAUGCUUUCCAUGCUCACUUACCUCAUAUCCUUUUGAGAUACGUAGAUACUUUUAUUUAUUUAUCUCCACCUUUUAACCUGAGUAAGACGGUAGAUGUGAGUAAAAUGAUACAAAGAACCAGUUUGUAUAUUGUGUACAAUAAUAAAGAGGGUAACAUGAAAUUCACAUCAUGUUAUUUCUGUACUUCUUGUUUUUUUUUUAAAUGUCCCAUACAGCUCUUUUGUGUUUUUGGUUUUUUUCCCCCUCGUGUUAAACAGGUUUUUACAUAAUUUAUAAAAAUGUCAAUUUGACGUUGAUUCAAAUGUAGAAUUGUAAAGGAAAAAAAUCACACACACAAAAUCUGAUACUCUGUACUCCAAAUACGGCUGUUUCAAAUGACUUUUGGAGAUUUUAUCUGCUGUACUCAAUGAGUGUAAGCUUUUUCUUUUCUUUUUCUUUUUUUUAAACGACAACAAAAACAAUAAAUAAUAGUUUUCCUAGUGUGUCAGUUUGAUAUUGUGUCUAUCUUCCCUUCUUUUCUUUGCCAUGAAUGUAAGGACAUACAUAAGGAGGAUUAUCUGCAGGCCAGUCAUUCAGCUGGAUUGGGGGGGGGGAAUAAAACAAACAUCUUAAUUUACAGUAUUAUACUUUAAAGUCAAUUCUUUUUACACUUGACCAUUUUAGAUUCUAAUUUUUUAAGCUACUUCACACUGACCUAUUGAUCAUUUAAGCAUAAAAAGGUACAAUUCAAGGGAUGAGCCAGUGAUAUGUCUACAUUAACAGACAGCAAAGCUAAGCUUUUAAAUAGUAUCUUUAGGCACACCAUCCAUCUGUUGCAUUUUUUUUAGUCCAUCCAUGGACACAAUUUGGCAGACAUAAAAUAAUAUUUUGCACCAACAAUGUGAUUCUCAAAGAGCUGUUAACCAGCUGGACAAGUGAAGGAUCUCUGAAUCGAAAAAUAUCUGCAGAUGAACAAUAUCUGAAAGUCAUGACCUAAAGAAGUAGGAAUUUUAUUUUUUUUUAAAGCCUCAAAAAUGUUCUCAAUGGAAGAGUGGCUGUCAGGAGGCCAUUCUUACAGAAGGAAAACAGAACAAUCUGAGGUAAUAACAAAAGAACUGGACUGAAAUAUCAGUGGCAACAGAUCUGAUGGAGUGACGAAUUACUUUUGUAUUGUCUGACAGUAUACAGUGCCUAAAUAAAAUUGUACUGAAUGCUUCAAAUUCUGAAUAUAUACAGAAGAGGUCAGGAGAAACGUGCAACAGUGACUACAGCCAUUUGUAACACAUGGUGGAAGCUUUGAUGUGGUUUAUGCUGCAUUUUAGUCAGUGGUGUUGAGGAUCUUGUCAAAAAAUGAUGCAAUACCAUCUGGAAAGUGCAGAAGAGAAUUGGGGCAACUGGGGGAAAAAACUGAAAAAAAGACAUGCCCAAUUUUGUCUUUUACCAGUGGCCCUAACCCUAUUCCACAGUAUUUACACAUAUAUGUGUGCAUGUUUCAAUAAACUGCUGCACGUACUUGCCAUUUUCCAACACUAAAACAAAUAAGCUUUUUUUUUUGUAGUGUAAUCUGAAGGAUUCAAAGGAUAAAAGUCACACGUGAAUAUAAACCUGCUUUUAUUAAGGAAAUGUAAUAAAAUCCUUUGUACAUGACCCCUCCACAGAGGUUCACUGUGUCCAUACAUGCAACUCUCAUGGUUGAGGUACUGUUACAAAUGAACUGGAAAAACUAAACCAAAUCAGAUGUCAUUAACAGACACUAACUAAACCAGGGUCAAUUUCGAUCUGCAGUUUGUUUAAAACUAUUACCAAAUUCACAUGCACUUUUUUCUGGGGAAUAAAAGGAUGAGAAAGUCUGAUAUACUAAACAAAUGUAGGCAUACAUUGUUUGUAGCGGUUGUAGGUUCUUUUCCCCCCCCACUCUUCAGUAUAUAAAAAUUUCACUUAUACAAACAGACAAAUGUUUCAUUCGUUGCUCUUCCCUCAAUGUACAGUUUCACCCCUCUGCAUAAUGCAUAGACACAGAAAGCUUUUCACGACCAAAGAAGCUAUGGUGUGUUAUCAUUUACCAACAAAAAAGAGAUGUUGAGAAUCACAGCUGCAGAUACUGCGCUUACAUGAGAACAGCUUCUAAAGUGUGUACAAAGUGUAAACCAUAAGCUCAGUUAAACCAUUUGAAUGUUCGGUUUACAUAAAAAGGGGUCACCUUCCUAGCCUCUAAAGUAUUUAUGAAUCUUUUGAUUUCAACAAUAUGGCAUUAAGUGAUCAAACGCGGGCCUCAUUUCAAUAAAAGAAUCGCUUCUUUUCAAAGAGUGGCAGCUGAAAGAAAUGCAGUCGCACAAAGUCGAUUCAAAACAAGCAUCUAAAACAGAUU